AAUUACUGCAAUUAGAAGGGAGAAAUGAGCCGAUUGAGAUUAGCAAGCACGUUAAUAUUCUAACCUCUCAUAUCAUGGACAGAACAGAAUUUGGCUGUAGCUAUGAACAAGGAAUACUAAUUGUGGAAUUGUUAAACCAGUACAAGCAGAUAAUUAGUGCUCAAUCUGCCUGGCACUCAUACAUCUCCAGGCGUAGAGAGCUCAAAAUAAUAGAAAAUCAAGUGGAAAGGAUUUUGCUGGAGAUUAUACAACCACGAAUAGAUCAUGUGGCUAUCGCGCAAAUCAACUCACAUGGGAAUGAUUUACUGGGCAAGUUUUUGGAUGAGAUGCACAAGAAAUUCGGCUUCAUUAAUAUGAAGUUGAUUGUGGAUCAAUGCAAGAAAUCUUUGUUUGCAGGUGAUGAACCAACUACUCAUUUAAUCACUUCGACCCUUACGCUUUUAUCUAGCAAUCCAUAUUGGCAAGAUCUAGUUCGUGCUGAGAUCAACGAGCUGUGCCAUGGACACCCACCCACAGCUCAGCAGCUUCGCAGGAUUGGAUUGGAAAGUCAUGGCCUUUUUUAACCCGUUAAUUUAUUCUCUUUUUGUUAUGUUUUUUCUCUCUUAAGUCCUCAAUAUUUGUUUCCAUAUAAAUUAUUUCAUCAAAUUUAAAGUGGAUUC